GAGCAGCAGGCCCUGUGCGUACUGAUUAAUGUGUCUGGUAUGGGAUUCCCAGGAUUAUUCUUCUACUUUGACUGGUGAUGAUGUACACGCUGACAGUGAUCACCCACAGCGCGUAAGUUCUGAGCUCUGGUAGCUCUGCUGUGACGUUCCACUUCCGAGCACACCGCGAAUUCAACCCGCUUCUAGAGUGAUCUCGUUCCUGCCGUUCACUAUAUGUGUCGAUUUGAGAUAUUGGGACGCAUAUUGUUGUACUGGCAGCGUCUAAAAACGCAGGUGAAUCAGGAUCAGUCCUCCAGAGGGUUUGGGCCAGAAUGCUACACGAGAUCCUCCUCUCCCUCUCCGGUCAGCCCUCCUCUCUCUUCGACUUCCACACGGAUGAGAAUAGCGCCUCUCAACAUGUUGUUUCACUGCUGUCGCCGCCCGAGAAAACUCUCCUCGAGUCCCUCGGCCGUCUAGGGCGCCUCCAUGCACAGCUACGAGCACAUACAGCCACCAUUUCUUCUUCACAUCCCUCAAUUAUCUCUCGUGCUGUGUCCACUGCCAUUUCAACUGAGCAUCUUGGCCAAUUCCAGAAUAAGAUACUGGAGGUAGAGAAGGCAAUUCUACUCGGGGACAGUGGAUAUGUUGGAGGCUAUGGUAUUGUGCCAUUAUCUACCGUGGUCGGCGAAUUUGCUCCUUGGAAACGGCGUAUGGAGUGGCUUUGGGAAGUUGUACAGUUUAUGCAGUCCGAGCAUGACAAAGACAAAGGCUGCACCGGUGCCGAACUGAUCGACCAUCUUCGAGCGGAAUCUCAUACGGGAUAUGACGAUCUCGAAGAGAUGGCGGUAAACUUAGUUACUGCUGCAGAGAAAGCCUGGAUGCGGCAGCUGUCCAUGUGGCUCUUAUAUGGAAACCUUCCUAUGUUCGGCAAAGAAGACUUCUUCAUUCAAGAAGAUUAUGAGGGUGAACUGGAUGCUUCAGGUGGCCCCGAUGGAAUGGCUCACUUUGUUAUGCGCACUCAUCUCCUACCAAAAUUUGUAUCGCCCUUCACGGCGUCUUCUAUCUUUUUCAUUGGAAAGUCCCUAAAUCAUAUAAAAGCAAAGGGGAAGACUCUAGCGGGUAUCUCAGAGGGUAUUUCAACUUCUUCUAUCAACUUGCAAGGCGAUUAUAUUGAAUACUUGUCUGAGUUGAAGUCGCCUAUAUCGACCUCGAAGCUCUCAAAUGCCAUAAACGCGAUUCGACUGUCACUAUCCCAGACUACGCUUUCAAAAUUACUACCUCUUCCCAAGAUUCUCGAGGUCCUUUCUUUGCUGCAUGACUUCUUUCUUCUAGGACGUGGCGAGUUUGCCAUGGCACUUGUGUCGCAUGCGGAUUCUCGUGUCAGUGGAAGAAGUCGGAGACCAGAAUCUCUACAGAACAAGACUCCUGAAGGGCUGGAAGGGAUAGCUAUUAAGGAAGGCGAUGUCACAACCGUCCUUGCGCAAACAUGGUCCGAGCUCUAUUCCCUUCAGAACGAAGAGGAUCCAGUUGAUGAUGAGCUGGACCUCGCCCGGAAUUUACUUCGUUUGACCAUCAACAAAAGACUACGUGGCCACGGAUCGCCUCUAGAUCCGGCGGCAACUGAAACGGAAAGGGAAAUUUCAGGCGUUCCCUUCGAUGACCUUCUUUUUCCAGCAGCCACGUCACUCUCAAUUCAAGUGCAAGCGCCUCUUGAUCUUUUCCUUUCACAUUCAGAAGUAUCCAUCUACUCUAAAAUACAUGCGUACUUGCUUGGUAUCCGGCGAGCACAGAUACGCCUUGGGGAUCUCUGGAAACACUCCUCACUUCGAAGAUGCCAUCCUGCUCCUUGGGGGCCACCACAAAGCAACACUUCCUUUGGUGAGUCUAGACUAAAGGCAGGUAGGCAAAGAGACAAUACUCGAAUUGCUCAAAUGAGGUCAAUUUGGGCAACCGGUAGCGCGUCUCUUUUUGUGCUGUCGGAAAUAGGCAGCUUUUUCCAGGGGGAAGUUGUCAAUGGCUCCUGGGAGCACUUUCGGGAGUGGAUUGAAGGGACUCGUUCCUCUUCAGGCUCCCGACCGGGGUCAGCAUCAUUGCCAAACCAACGACAAGAGAGUAGACCGGUCUCAUCCCCCAGGAACUCCACACUAGGUCUCGGAGACUCCGCUCCUACUCAGGUGCAAAAGCAUGAUCCCGAAACGCUUACUGUUGCACAUCGCCGAUACAUCAGCUCUCUCAUCCAUUCUCUAUUCUUGACUGAUGUCCCAUUCACAGCCGCUAUCCGCUCUCUUCUAGCCACGGUGGAUCGCUUCAUUGCACUGCUCAUCCGUCUCGAAGGUAUCCAGCGUAACAUGGACCUGGAGACGGACGAAGGCGUUGUUGAUGCCUUGGCAGACUAUCCCCGUGAAGAGAGAGAAGUCUGGAAAGAAUUGCGCGCCAGUAGAGACGAUAUAGAAGCAGGAAUCAAGGAUGUUGUGGCACGACUGAGAGAUAUCGACGAUAGUCGAUCCGAGGAGGGCCGAAGAACUUUUGACCUCGCAAGAGACUCAGCGCAGAACUGGCAGGUCGAUGGCGCCGGUGUUGUUUCUAGCUCCAGUGCUUGCCAGUAUGUGCCACGGAAAGCAGCUGGUGUGGAUCGACUGCUUAUGAAACUGGACUUUGGGAAUGUCAACACAUAGUGCCAGGCCACUUCCACGCUCUUCUUUCUCGUUUCUCUGUUUUCUUUUCUCGGCUUGGGUGUCAUUGCCCUCAUGGAUUCUCAUCAGCUGGACAGGUGUCUUUGUAUAAGGUUGUAGGCAGGAACUUGGCGUUAGGAAUCGGUUAUGGCUAGAAGAAUGACGGAAAACCAGCAUGGAUUGAUUGUCUUUUAUUUAACCAUCAACGCAUAGAGGCUCAAGUUUUCAUAAUAUAGUUGCUCACCUU